CAUUGUCCUCGCUCGCCUUCGCCGCGACGGUCCUGCCCUAGCCCGCCGCCGCCACUGUCCUCGCUCGCCGUCGCCGCCAUUCUCCUCGCUCGGCAACGAGGCGACGCGGAUCCAGCCCCUCCCAACCGCCAUUCGCGACAGAGGUUACUGCUGCUUCAACCCCCAACGCCCUCUCUCUGCUCGGCCACCCAAUGUGCUCUUCCUGUCAAGUUCGAUUAGGGAGAUAUGCUACUUUGCUGUUGUUUAGAGUCAAUGCACAUAGAAUUAUUCUCCUGGAAUUACCUGCAUUAGUUGAGCAUGCCUUAGUAGUUCAUUUUUAUUUGAUGGACUGUGGUUUUGAUGGAUGAUUGUUGAUGGCCACAUUCAGUCAGCCAUGGAAUUGUUUGAAGCUUAUUUACAGUGUACAUUGUUUUUUGCUGUGAUAAUCAUACUAAGUGAUUGCUUUAUCCUCUUGUUGCAUGUACACAUGGAACCCACAAUUCAUUGGAUCUGAAGUUGGACAAGGAAGCAGUUGAAGGAACUUGCUUCAUACAUAAGCAUUGCUCCACCCUGUCAAAAUGUCUCCCACACCAACAAACUCCUGUAGUGACAGUAGUGCAUCAUCACAGCGCAACGACGGUGAACGUUCUUCACAGGCUCACUCAGCGCAGACUGCUGCGAGUAGUACUCGAACCCGCGGGUCAAGGACACAAACCAAAUGGCCAGAAGACAAGUUGACUGCAACUGGACUUGAUGAAAAAUUUUGGCCUACCCCAGAUGCUGCAAGGGAAAGAUUUGUAUUGGUCUGUGGCCUCAUUGCUCGGGAGAGGGUGUCAAUCAACAGGAAGCUUGAGGAUCUGUCACCAGUUGAGAAGGAACAGCUAUUCGAAGCAUUGCUGGAAAAGCUAGAGUACCCAGCCAAUCUGGAACCAACUGUUCGCAACAAGGCAAUUAAGGCAGCUAUGUCAGAGAUUGCAACCUUGCAACGGCGGUUCAAGGCCCAUUUAAGAAGAAAUUAUGUGAGGCAGGAGGAGUCUCCCUUUGAGAAGCAUGGCUUUUUGAAGCCAGAAGACUGGGAGGUGUUUGUGCAGGAAACCAAUUCUCCUUUUUUUCAGCGAGUGAGCCAGGAGAUGAAAGAUAAGAGAGCAUUGCAUAAUAAGCCACACAAGACGGGAAGAAAAGGUUAUCAUGGUAAAAGGAAAGAGUGGGAGGAGGAGGAUGCAAAGCUAGCUAGAGAAGGAAAAGAGAACCCUUGGGACCAAUUUCCUGGACGUUCGAGGUCAUAUCUGCGGGCAAGGGCGGCGAAGAGGAUGACCACUAGUGAAGGCACUAGUGAAGGAAGCGGGGACAUUACAUUCAGUAACCCUGCGGUGGUGGGGCUAGCAAAUAAGGUGAAAGACCUUGCAUCUAAGGCUAGUGAUGGUUCUUUCACUGGGGUUAGGGAGAAUGAUAUCCUCACCGCGGCACUUGAGAAUCCAGAGCAUCGAGGUCGGGUCCGAGGCGUGUCUAGUUCAGUUGGCUGGGGUAAAGGGUUUGGUGAAGAGUUUGCUGGAAUGUACAGGAAGAAGAGGAAGAAGACGAAGGAGAGGUCUGAUGCGGAGAAGGAAAAGAUAGUUGGUGAAACAGCCAUCAGAGUAAUCAACAUGCUAAGACAAGCAGGCGUGGUUAUACCGGAUGCUUUGUGUCCUACCCAACCAACACACACCGGUAGCAGCGAGCAAGAAGAUGCGAGUGUCAGUGCGGAAGAAGAUGUGCGUGGCAGCGGGGAAGACCAUGGGCCAUUCAACGAGAACGAAGCUGACAGUCGAUCAUCUAUGCUGGACACAAUAGAUAAGCUGACAGAGCCAACCAAGUGCAGCCUUUUGGAUGGCACCGGGCAUAACUUGGAGCUCGCAGUAGCCACUGUCUAUCCAUAUCAAGAGACUUGCCAUUGUGUACCGGUGCAGGAAGGGUAUGCAGUGGUGCAACCUACUUAUGUGUGGUCCAAUACGAGUCACUUCCGUCUGCCUGUGCCAGUAGGGGGGGAUGAGAUAACAACCUUAGGUGAGGCUCUCGGUACAAGGAUCCAAUGGUCAAAGCAUAGGAUCCUUAUACCACCCAGGACGAGACAGCCCAACUCUAGAACCGCAUCAGGUAGCAGGGGUACAGCAUCAGAUGCAGGUACUGCAGCUCAGCGUCCGCAAGAGAAGGCUCAGCCGCAGCAGCAGCAGAUCUGCAAAAAAAAGGAGCAGCAGCAGCAGCAGCAGUUGCAUGCUUACGUCAUGGAAAACAGUAAGGAUAAACUUGGCUUUCCAGCAAAGGUGCCUCAAGCCUACUUUGAAGGUGAUGGUGAUUUAAUGUUAAACAUUGCAUUCGAUGACGUGUACGACCUUAUAACCCUAGGUGCUCUGGAUGUUAGCUUCUUGAGGUUGUGGACAUUGAAAAUGAUGCAGAAUGCAGCAGAGAUGCAGUGCAGUGUUGCGUUUUUGGACCCACAGGUUUUCACCGCCACAGUGAUUUCUCACCAGCCUAGCACUGUAACACAAGCAAUUAAAAAUGCUAUGAAGAACGACUAUGUGGUGGGUGCCUACAACACCGGUGGCCACUGGGUAACAGUGAUCAUCUCUAUGAAGUACAAAGAGGUUUGGGCCUUUGAUGCGCGCAUGGAAGAAAUGAUGAAAGCAAAUAAGAAAAGGCCAAAAACCAAACCUAAACUCACGCACAGGAUAGAUGUUAAAUGCGCUCAACAGCCAUCGGGGACCUUUUUAUGUGGAUUCUAUGUGGCAUUCAAUAUGCUAAGACUAGUCGGUGACAUACCUAUAAUGAAAAAGGCUGCUGAUUUCAACGCUGCCCUAACAGUUUCUAUAGAAGAUCUAAAGCCGGUCCGGGAGAUGCUGUGCGAGUUCAUUCUUAAGGAGACCCUCGACCCAAAGGGCAACUUCUAUAGCGCCUUCUAA